AACACUUGGAACUGGAUCGUUUGGUCGUGUUAUGCUGGCUCAGAAAAUUGAUUCUGGUGAUUACUUUGCUAUGAAGAUACUUGAUAGACAAAAGGUUAUAAAACUUAAACAAGUUGAACAUACACUUAAUGAAAAAAGAAUUCUGCAAGCCGUUUCCUUCCCCUUCCUUGUUAAUUUAGAAUUCAAUUUCAAGGACAAUAGCAAUCUUUAUUUGGUAUUAGAAUACGCAAACGGAGGAGAAAUGUUUUUACAUCUCAGAAAGAAAAUUAGGUUUAGCGAAAGUCAUGCACGAUUUUAUGCUGCACAAGUAGUACUUGCGAUGGAAUAUCUUCACUAUUUAGAUUUGGUGUAUCGAGAUUUGAAACCAGAGAAUAUCUUGUUGGACGCUCAGGGAUAUUUGAAGGUAAAAUAG